CUCAGUUGUUGCUGUGCGCGCUCCCACGUUCGAGGCUAACGCAGCAGGAGCAGCAACAACAACAACAAACGCAACGCACAAAAGCAUGCUACGCUAAAUUGCAUUUGGCGUCUGUCAAGGACAAAACAAAACGCUGUUUGUGUGAGUGCAACCGCAACAACAACAACAAUAGCAACAACAGCAUGUGGCACAAAUAACGGAACUGCAAAGUAUCAACAGCAAGGGAAGAAAGCAACAAAAAAAACUAGAUAGGAAAACAAAACAAAGGGAAGGAACAAAUCACACACACGAGGGUUAAAGCUAAGGAGAAAAAAACAAACGGAGGCUGCAAAAAUAAGAAAAAAAAAGGAGAAAAAGGGAGAGGCGACACACACACACACACACACGCAUACCCCCGCCCCCUCCACAUCCGCCAUCCAGGACAUUUGGCGCCAGCUUGGGCAGCGACUGCGACGUCGACCGAGGCAGCGGCAGAGAACCAUGUGUCUCCAUCCCUCUCACUCACACACGGUUGCGCUGCAGUGGCUCCUGCUCUCCUUGUCCCUCCUGUUGGCGCUGCUGCCAGCGAACGUGUCGGCUAGAUUUUGCGAGGGCUGCAGUCAGGGAUGUUGCACCCAGGGCUGCUGCCCACCGUACCAGGGCGGGCCACGCCCCCUGCCGCCUUCCUCGGACUCGCACGUUCUAAAUCUGUUCUUCGCCACCCACUGGUUCUUCUGGUGCGUGGUAGUGGCCAUUAUCUUGGCCAUCCUGUGUGCCUACUCCUUGUGGAAGAAGCGAAGGACCCUGUGUGGCUGGGGAUUCAAUGAGCACCACACCCAAUCCGAGGGAGAUUCAGCCGGUUCCUGCUAUGCUCCUCCGCAAUACAGUCGCUGCAACUCAUUUCACCAUCCGCCGCCGCCCUACACGGAGGUCACCUCCAAACCGGACCUGUAUCCGCUCGUCUUCUCCUGCAACAGCGAUUCGGGCAAUGGCAAGGGCAAUGGCAGCUCCAGCUACCUGAUGGUCCAGUACUUCCGGAACUACAUUGUCCGGCCUGCGGCGGGGGGAUCCCUGAGUGCGGCCAGCACCGUCGACUCCCUGAGCUCCAGCUUUAUUUGCAAUGCAAACGAGGCCAACACCCUGGUGCCGCCGCCAUAUUCCCGGGCAGCCAGUCCGGAGCUGGGGCUGCAUCACUAUGUGGCCCAUGCCCAUGCCCAUGGUCAUGGCCAUGGGCAUGCCAAUAGCCACCUGAGAUCCAUGGAGCAGGCGGCGCCGCAUCAGGUGACCAGUGCUCCGCUGGCCUCUGUGCACUAUGCCAUGCCAAGAUCGGCAUCCCAGCUGGUGGAGCCGGACGCCUAUCAGCCGAGACUGAUGCCCGCCCAGGCGCAGCACUAUGCCACCGUGGCACUGGGCAGUGCUCCGGGCGGAGGAGCCCUCUACAGCACCCGGCUGCACGCCUCCCACGAGGAGGGAGUGGGCGUGGGCUACCUGCAGUCCCAGAGUGACCAGCACUUCCGGUACUUGGCCAACAGCAGCAGCAGCCUGAGCGACAUCUUUGUGAACAACAGCUGUGUGGCAGGAAUGCUGCCAGAGAGUGGAGGAGCAGGCGGUGCCUCCCAGGGCGCGGAGAGUGGAGCGGCCACGCAGGCGGCAUCCCUGAACAGCCUGGCCAUGGGCGGCUUGGGUGGAUCGGUCACUGGAGGCACAGGGGUUUCGGGAGGAUCGGGCACACCGGUGAUAUACAGCAAUGGCUGCAUUCAGCCCAAUCCUUUGCACAGCCUGGAGAACUGCUGCCAGCCUUCGGCCCAGGUGUCGGGUGUAAGUAGUCUGGCCAACAUUGGAACACCAGGAUCCCCGCCCCAGGCCACCAGUCCGACGGGCGAGGUGCGUGAGAUUCUCGACCAGAUACGGCAGCUCCAGGCGGGCGUUAGCUACGAGCAGCUCCUGCUCAGCGGAACGGGGGCCAAGCCCCGGCUGCAGCAUACGCUAUCGACGCCCUCGAACACCCAGCAGGUGCAGCUGCAGCCCAUCCUGACCACAUCCGCAUCCAUUUCCGGCGGUGGCAGCAGUGGGCGUAGUAAAAAGUUCUUCACCUCCGGCAGUAAAACGCAGCCGAACAAGGCUUUGUACAUACCAAUGGCGGCCAUCGGGGGAUCCGGCUCGGGAUCGGGAGCCCAGCGUUGUGUGCUCAAGAGUCCGGUGAGCAGUGUGGUCAGUGGGGCCAGCUUCUUUGUGAACCGGGGACGAACGGCGCGCAAGGGUUGGAUCACCCGAUCGGCGCCCACGACUCCGGGCAGCGCCCUGCCCCCCAAUCGCCUGGGUGACGACAGUCCGCUGCUGCUUAACGAGCACGAUGAGGAUGCCAUCGACGAUGAUGAUGAGGAGGAGGAGGAGGAGGAGCGGGAUCGGGAGCGGGAUCAGCUGGAUACCGACAACGAAACGGAGGCGGAGGCCAGGAGUCAUCAUCGCCAGCAUCGCCAUCAUCGCGGCCAUCGCAGCCAUCGCCAUGGACAGCUUGAAUAAUAGUGGGCGUGGCCGUUGGAGUCGCCAGUGUCAUUUAGUAGUUGUUGUUGUAGCUCAAGGUUCUCCUUUAGAAAUAAGCUUUUAAACGAAAGUGGAGAAAUGUUUGGGAGCCGGCGGCACGCUUCUUAGUCUGAAGAGUCCCGAAAAGCUAGGUCGGUUGAAUCUAAGUUCCGUUUGUAGCAUUAAAAAGUUCUCAUUUUCUAGAAUUCGAUGUAUAACAGUUUAUUUUAUUGAUAUUUUUUAUUGAUAUUUAUUUAGGGAAAUUCCCAAAGAUAUUACAAACAAUUUAUCUUAAUGUUCAUAUAAAAUCUAUAAUUUCUGAAUACUUUUAUUGGGAUGCAGAAUUGUAUUUAAAUUUUCGAUUUUUUCCCACUUUUGUAAGCAGUUUUAAUUGCAGCGUGAGAAGUAAGGCAGUCAGUUAGUUGUAAGAGUAUAUAGAAUAGGCUAAAAAUGUUUUGUGAAAUUUUAAACUGAAUGAAAGAAGUAAACGAGAUGAUUAACAUUCUCCAGGAGUUCUGACAAUAGUUCAAUAAAACUAACCAUUAUUUCAUCAAGCAGUAUUAUCAACAAAACCUACCAGAAGUAUAUGAUUAUUUAUAGCUACAUUGAAAGAUACCACUAUAAAACUAAUUUCUAUUUCAAAUUUGAAAAUGUCUGUUUGUUGAGCUUCCGUGGAUAGAUAAACAAUUUAGAUAUACCUAAAAAUAGCUGUCGUUAGGUUCAGAUAGUCUAGCAAUUGCGAAAAAAUAUUUAAAUUAAACAUUUGAAAUUUGUAAAAGCUGGGAAGGUUUCAGGACAUUUCAAAUUGAUGAUUUCCAACUCUUAGUGAUUAAAACUUCUAUAAAAUAACCUUCAACUUCAGACUUACCAUAACCGAUUUUAUAUUGCUUUCAUAUAAAGUUUGACAGAGCUUGAAAACAUUUAAGAGAGAAAGAAUUGCACAAAAGAUUUAAAUCAAUUUAGGGUAUGUGGCAUUUGAUUAAAAUUAAAAAUAAAAACCGAAGAAAACCAAAAAUGAGCAGAUAAAUUAAAAGAAAAGAGAACAAGUUUUUGUCGACUAGAUGGAGUUUUUGUAAGUAACUAGAGGAUAGGAAUUUGAUCACACACAAGUAAUGCAAACACGUCACGUACAGAUACAGAUACUUCGGUUCGAGGAAGUCCUUAUAAACAGCUUGGGGAUAUGUGAAAUAUGCAAAACUGUGCGGGCAUUCGGUUGGAAAUCAAGGCACAAGCACUAGACGGGCUAUCUAAAUUAAAUUAUCUCUAAACAUAAAAUUACCAAAUGAGACUAAGGGGUUACGAUCCGGGGGCUAAGAAGGAAAAGUUUGAAUGCAGCAGUGCCUUUUCAACUAUAAAAACCACAACCAAAAGAAGCGCAAAACCAGAAACAAAUUUAAAUUUAUUACCAGAUGGAACCCGAAAACAAAGCUUAUCCACAGACAGAAACAGACACGAAAUAUAUAACAAUCCGAUGGACAAGGCAAUAUUUAUAAAUCUGCUUAGGCAUUAGAUAUAUGAUAUAUACCCGAAUACGUGUAUGUGACAAUUACUUUAGGUGAAUUUUACAAUUCAUUGAUAUUUUCCUUAGGCGGUUUCGUUGGGUCCCUUAUCGAUCGGUUAUUCUGGCUUAUUUAAACACGAACCAGUUCGAAUAUCUGUGCUUCAAUACAUAUAACUAUAUAAUUAAACAAUUGAUUAAUAAACUAGUAUAGCAAAACUGAAGGCGUUCAAGGCAUACAUAAAUCUGCAAAAGCAAGUGAAUUGUUGUAAAGUCGGAUAACGAAAACCAAAACAAAUGAAACGAAAACCAAAACAGAACUAAGAAACCAAUUUAAGUCAAAUAUACAAAGAUGGAAAGUAAAAACAAUAAAUGAAAAUGAAAUUCA